AGGACAGAGAGACUCCGUGUAAAGCUGGAGAGGCGCAAAUGCAGAGCAGUCAGUUGGAGUUUGGCGUUUGACUCCUCAACACACUCAGCAACUGCAAAGCCCUUUUUCUGUGGUGUGGAAAAAGGGUGUGAGGAAAUCAGUGUGUGAAAAAUUCGGGCGUGGACUUUGACAAAAUACCCACAGAAAUCUUUCCUCUUCAUCCUUCGCUGUGUCCUUACGGAUUUUCCAACGCUAGUAGAAAACUAUUUUGAUUUGAAUUGAAAUUGUUGCGGAAAAAGGACAAAUGGUGGCAUUUGACAUUGGUUAAACCUUCCUUAGCGAGUCAUUUCACACGGAGCAUCCCUCCCGGAAGGGAUUACAAGGGAAAAUCACGGCAAUUUUGUCAGGAAGAGGAAAAUUGGUCUAUUAUGUAAUUCAUUAUUGGGUGUCCUCAGACAAAAGGGAGGCGAGCGCCAAUUGGGCGUGUGAGUUUAAUUUACAAAGAGGAAGAAAAUGAGGGUUGAAAUCUGUCUAUGCAUCGUAAUUGUCAUGCUCUGUGGAGUGGCGGUGGAAAAUGCCUCGGGAUGGCGCUCAGGGACGUCGACGAAGUCCUCAAGCAAGGAUGAGCUCAACAUCGGCCUCAUUGCGCCCCACACAAACUUCGGCAAGCGAGAGUACCUUCGGGCGGUCAACUCAGCCGUGCUGGCGCUCUCGAAGACGCGAGGUCAGAAGUUGACUUUCCUCAAGGACUACGGCUUCCAGCCGGCGAACAUCCACUUUGACAUGAUGUCGCUUACGCCCAGCCCGACGGCCAUUCUCAAUACGCUUUGCAAGCAAUUCCUGCAGGUGAACGUCUCUGCGAUUCUCUACAUGAUGAACUAUGAGCAAUAUGGGCGCAGCACCGCCUCUGCCCAGUACUUCUUGCAGCUGGCCGGCUACCUGGGUAUCCCGGUGAUUUCGUGGAACGCCGACAAUUCGGGCCUAGAGCGGCGCGCGUCGCAAUCGACGCUGCAGCUGCAGUUGGCGCCGAGCAUUGAGCACCAGAGCGCGGCUAUGCUGAGCAUCCUGGAGCGCUACAAGUGGCACCAGUUCUCUGUGGUGACUUCUCAGAUUGCCGGGCACGAUGACUUCGUGCAGGCAGUGCGUGAGAGGGUCGCCCAGAUGGAUCACUUCAAAUUCACCAUUCUCAACUCCAUCAUUGUCACGCGAUCCAGUGAUCUGAUGGAGUUGGUGAACAGUGAAGCGCGCGUUAUGCUCUUGUACGCCACGAAAAACGAGGCCAUCGACAUCCUUCACGCGGCGCAGGACCUCAAGCUCACGGGCGAGAAUUAUGUCUGGGUGGUGACGCAGAGCGUGAUCGAGAACACGCAGACGCACCCGCAAUUCCCCGUCGGGAUGCUCGGCGUUCAUUUCGACACGUCCAGCGGACAACUGGUAAACGAGAUCGCCACGGCGAUCAAGGUGUUCGCCUACGGCGUAGAGUACUAUCUCAACGAGCCCGGGAAUCACGGCAGGAAGCUCAACACACACCAGUUGUCGUGCGAGAACGAGGGAAAGGCGCGCUGGGACAACGGCGAAAUAUUUUUCAAGCAUCUCCGGAAUGUGUCGAUUGAGGGAGAUUUGAACAAGCCCAAUAUCGAAUUCACUGCCGAUGGAGAUCUGAAAUCAGCUGAGCUGAAGAUCAUGAAUCUCAGACCGAGCGUGAACACCAAAGGACUUGUUUGGGAGGAGAUUGGAGUAUGGAAAUCAUGGGCGCCGCAGAAAUUGGACAUCAGAGACAUUGCGUGGCCAGGAAACUCUCACGCUCCACCUCAGGGAGUUCCUGAAAAGUUUCACCUGAAGAUAACUUUCCUAGAGGAAGCGCCGUACAUCAAUCUCUCCCCUGCCGAUCCCGUGAGCGGGAAGUGCUUGAUGGACAGAGGCGUUCUCUGUCGAGUGGCUUCUGACCAGGACAUGGCGGAUGUGGAUGUGUCGCAGGCGCACAAGAAUAGCUCUUUCUACCAGUGUUGCAGCGGAUUCUGCAUCGAUUUGCUGGAGAAGUUUGCCGAAGAACUGGGCUUCACUUACGAACUGGUACGCGUCGAAGACGGCCGCUGGGGAACGCUGAUCAAUGGAAAGUGGAAUGGAUUGAUCGCAGAUCUGGUGAAUCGCAAGACCGACAUGGUUCUGACUUCGCUGAUGAUCAAUGCCGAACGCGAAGCAGUUGUGGACUUCAGUGAGCCCUUCAUGGAGACGGGAAUCGCUAUUGUGGUGGCUAAGAGGACGGGAAUCAUCUCGCCCACAGCUUUUCUGGAGCCCUUUGAUACCGCUUCGUGGAUGCUGGUGGGAAUUGUGGCCAUCCAAGCGGCGACAUUCAUGAUUUUCCUCUUCGAGUGGCUCUCGCCGAGUGGCUAUGACAUGAAGCUGUCUGUCCAAACCACGGGAUCGGUGAUGCCGUACAGAUUCUCCUUGUUCAGGACCUACUGGCUCGUCUGGGCUGUGCUGUUCCAGGCCGCGGUGCAUGUGGAUUCGCCCAGAGGAUUUACCGCCAGAGCCAUGACGAACGUCUGGGCGAUGUUUGCUGUUGUCUUCUUGGCCAUUUACACCGCCAACUUGGCCGCCUUCAUGAUCACCAGAGAGGAAUUCCACGAGUUCACAGGCCUGGAUGAUCACAGACUCUCGCGUCCAUAUUCACACAAGCCCGUGUUCAAGUUUGGGACAAUUCCCUGGAGUCACACUGACUCCACGAUCGCCAAGUACUUUCAGGAUAUGCAUUACUAUAUGUCACAAUACAACAAAUCCAACGUUGCCGAGGGCGUGGCUGCGGUUCUCAAUGGGAAUCUCAAUGCGUUUAUCUACGACGGCACUGUUUUGGACUACUUAGUGGCGCAGGAUGAGGAUUGUCGCCUUCUGACUGUCGGCAGUUGGUAUGCAAUGACGGGAUACGGUUUGGCCUUCAGCAGGAACUCAAAGUAUGUGGAGAUGUUCAACAAGAGACUCCUGGAAUUCCGCGCCAACGGAGAUCUCGAGCGUCUGCGAAGGUAUUGGAUGACCGGCACGUGCCGUCAAGGCAGACAAGAGCACAAAUCAUCAGAUCCUCUGGCUCUUGAGCAGUUCUUAUCGGCAUUCCUGCUCUUGAUGGCAGGAAUUCUUCUCGCUGCUCUCCUGUUACUUCUCGAGCAUGUGUACUUUAAAUACUUCCGGAAGCGUCUGGCCAAGUCCGAUGGGGGCGGCUGUUGUGCCCUCAUUUCACUCUCCAUGGGCAAAUCCUUGACUUUCCGCGGCGCUGUCUUUGAAGCCCAAGAAAUACUGAGGAAGCACCGCUGCAGCGAUCCCAUUUGCGACACUCACUUGUGGAAGGUGAAGCACGAGCUGGACAUGGCCAGGUUGAGGAUUCGACAGCUAGAGAAGACGAUGGAUCAUCACGGAAUAAAGCCUCCGCAGAUAAAGUUGUCUUCAGCUUCUGACCUCCUGAGUGCGGCAUACAAGGAGAAUCGCUGUCGUCCUCCUUUGCUGGGCAAUCUCAGUCUCGGCGGAAGCGAUCAGAACCUCUUCAGGUGGUCUUACAAGACGGAAAUUGCCGAAAUGGAGACCGUUCUCUAAGCUGUCCCUUCAACGUUUCCUUUCUCUGCCACAUUUUUAGAGCUUCCAUGUGUUGAAAGGCGUUGAAGUGUUGGAUUUACUAAUUUAAUUUGUUCACAACACUCAUAUUUGGCAAAUCAACGAGCAAAGAAUCAUCGUAGAAUGUGUGUUAAUUGUGGCGAUGGUUUUGGAAGAUUGUGAAUGUUUCUUGCAUUUGACCAGCAAUUUGUCGGUUUCAUUGAAUAAUUUCCCUCAAUUUGAAAAGGUGUCAAAGAGAAAAUUAUCGUCUAAAUUUAGUGUAAUAGUCAAAGAUGUUGAAAUGCUAAACCAAAAGUAUAAAUGUUAAUAAAUAAACCAAGUAGAUAAAUAAGUUUUUAGUAGGUUGUAAUCCACACUCUUAGAUGCCAAAUCGUAAGCAGGUAUAUUAACAGUAAAAAACAUGUUGUCUACUAAACGUAAUAUACUGACUUUGUUACAUUUGUUACCAAGAAUUUUUAAAGAAUGCCAAAAACCUACAGAAUUAUAGGUGAAAACUUGUAGUGAGAAAAAAUGUUAACAUAUUUAUCAAUUGAUAGGCGAAGUGUCGAUAUCAGACGUGUAUUCAGAUGUGCGAAUAUUAAAAACUUAUGGAAAUUAUACUCAAAACAUUACCAAUAAACCCAAAAAAAAUGAUUGUAGUCGAAAA